AAGAAUGGUUAGUAAAUAUUUUUUUUUUAUUCCAGGACAAGAUGUCGGCCACAACGUUAAGUUACCGGACGCGGGGAUGGCUGCGACUCUCGAUAGAAAAGCAGGACACGCUCCUGAAGAUGGCGGUCCUGUCCCUGGCGGCAAUCUUGUCAUUUUCCUGUAGGCUCUUCUCAGUGCUGCGGUUUGAGUCCGUCAUCCACGAGUUUGAUCCUUACUUCAACUACCGCACUACAAAGUUCCUGGCCGAGGAGGGCUUCUACAACUUCCACAACUGGUUCGAUGACCGUGCCUGGUAUCCCCUGGGAAGGAUUAUUGGAGGCACCAUCUAUCCAGGCCUCAUGGUGACCUCAGCCGCCAUUUAUCAUGUACUUAAUUGGCUGAACAUCACCAUAGACGUACGCAAUGUGUGCGUGUUCCUUGCACCAUUGUUUUCCUCCCUCACUACCCUCGUGACCUACCACCUUGCCAAGGAGCUGAAGGGUCCAGGGGCUGGUCUUGUAGCAGCCGUUAUGAUUGCCAUUGUUCCAGGAUACAUUUCCCGUUCUGUUGCCGGGUCUUAUGAUAAUGAAGGUAUUGCCAUCUUCUGUAUGCUGUUGACAUACUACAUGUGGAUUAAGGCUGUGAAGACUGGAACGCUUUUCUGGUCGACAAUGGCUUCCCUUGCCUAUUUUUACAUGGUCUCCUCAUGGGGUGGCUACGUGUUCCUGAUCAACAUCAUCCCUCUCCAUGUCCUUACUCUGAUGGUGACUGGGCGGUUCUCCCAUAGGGUGUAUGUCGCCUAUUCCACACUGUAUGUCAUUGGAACCAUUCUGUCGAUGCAGAUUUCGUUUGUAGGAUUCCAGCCUGUCUCCACGUCGGAACAUAUGGGCGCCUUUGGAGUGUUCGGGCUCUGCCAAAUCCAUGCCUUCGUUGACUACGUGCGCUCCCGCCUGAGCACGAGCCAGUUUGAGGUGCUCUUCCGGGCAGUGAUCUCCACAGUGUCACUGACAGGGGUGUUGGUGCUGGUGGUGCUGACAGCACUGGGCAAAAUUGCUCCCUGGACAGGCAGGUUCUACUCGCUGCUUGACCCGUCCUACGCCAAGAACAACAUCCCCAUCAUUGCCUCGGUAUCGGAGCACCAGCCUACAGCGUGGUCUUCCUUCUAUUUUGACUUGCAGAUGCUUGUGUUCAUGUUCCCCGUGGGACUGUACUUCUGCUUCACCAAGCUCACCGAUGAAAAUAUUUUUAUCAUCCUGUACGGCGUUCUCAGUAUCUACUUUGCUGGUGUGAUGGUGCGUCUGAUGCUGGUGUUGGCCCCAGUCAUGUGCAUCCUCUCAGGCAUUGCUGUCUCGUCCCUUUUGUCGACCUACAUGAAACAAAUUGACGAAGUGAAAACAGACAAGAAGAAGGCCAAGUUUGAAGGAAAUUACUUCAUGAGGAGCGAAAUUGCCACCUUGUUUGUGUGUAUGAUGUCAGUGUUUUUGGUGAUGUACACUCUGCACUGCACUUGGGUUACCUCUGAGGCCUACAGCUCCCCCUCGAUUGUCCUUUCUGCUCGAGGCCACGACGGCUCCAGGAUCAUUUUCGAUGACUUCAGGGAGGCUUACUAUUGGCUACGUCACAACACUCCUGAGGAUGCCAAGGUGAUGUCGUGGUGGGAUUAUGGGUAUCAGAUAACGGCAAUGGCUAAUCGGACAAUAUUAGUGGACAACAACACUUGGAACAACACGCAUAUAUCACGGGUCGGUCAAGCGAUGGCAAGUACAGAAGAUAAAGCAUACCAGAUCAUGAGAGAGCUUGACGUGGAUUAUGUGUUAGUCAUAUUUGGAGGCCUGACGGGCUAUUCUUCAGAUGACAUCAACAAGUUCUUAUGGAUGGUGCGAAUCGGCGGGAGCACAGAGAAGGGAGCCCACAUUAAAGAGCAUGACUAUUACACACCUGCUGGGGAGUUCCGCGUGGACAAGGAAGGAUCCCCGACGCUACUCAACUGCCUUAUGUACAAAAUGUGUUACUACAGAUUUGGCCAAGUGUACACCGAGGGAGGCAAGCCUCCAGGAUAUGACAGAGUCCGGAACGUUGAGAUCGGAAACAAGGACUUCGAGCUCGACGUCUUAGAAGAGGCUUAUACUACGGAACACUGGAUUGUCCGUAUAUACAAAGUUAAAGACUUGCCCAAUAGAGGUGCAUAGGGGCAAAUAAUUGUUAUAAUAUUUUCUAUUGUGGAACAGCAAUUCACGAUUGUUCUUUUUCUGUGAAUUUUUAUCCAGUGAUGAUGAUGGAGUUCUGAUUUAUAAAUUGUGAAAGAGUAAGGUUAUUUCCCUGUCUUGCAUUACUAGAUGUGUGAGCUCUUCUGUUAGAAUUGUUUGGCUAGGUGGUUUUGAUUUACUGGGAUCAUGAUUCAAAAGUUACAUGCCCUGUUUUCUUUUUCUCAGUUGCUUUACUCUGUAAGAACAAUGUGGUAUAUGAUAAAACAUGUCCAAUAGGAUGGUUUUCAAUGACGUGUUGACUGUCCUGUUUUCUAUGCGAGUGAAUACAUUGUGAAAGAGUGUACAAAGUAGCCUUUGCUCAUGUUUUCAUUUUUGUUAUGUAUGGAAGUGUCUGUUGUUAAAAGUCAGUGACUAAAAGUGUGGUUCUCAUGAUCAGUACGCAAGUAACCUCAGUAUUUGAACAUGUACUCUCACUUUUGUAAAGAUGACUAGUCUUAUAGUCAAUUUUCAAUACAGACAGUGGCUAGCUGCUGGAAAAAGAAAUGCUUAGCCGUGAGGAAAAUUAAAUUAAAUAUCUGCACAUGUAACCAUUCCACGAGUGCUCUUAUUGGUGCAUUGAAAUUGAUGGAAAAAAAA